AUGCAUCGCGCUCUCGUUCAGGCAAAGCGUUGCCUUCUCCCCCUUGAAUUUGAAGGUGCGGCUGAUGCCAUUGAAUAUCACACUGUAAUUCUACAACCUAGCGGGUUUGGUGAAGACGGUGCUCCCAUGACGCCUUUUGAGGGCCGUCCUACGCCAGCACUAGAUGCGUUGUGGCAUAAUCUUUCUUCUGUGGGAAUAUAUGAAAUUACACCAGAAGAGAAUGCUCGACUUACCUGGCCAACUGAAGAAACGCCUGGUAAGGUUGGUGAACACUACAUCCAGAUUGAAGUCUUUCAUCAGCUUCAUUGCCUCAAUUUUCUGCGGAAGCAGGUUUAUCAAGUCCCGGACCUGGAUAUUCUAGAGUCCCAUGAGAAACAUGUCCCCAGUACGAUACUGGCGGCCGCCACAGCUGGGGCGAGCGUGGCGGUCCAGAUUGGGCUUUCGGUCGUGGUCGGCAUUGCCACUGACCUUGGGAACUCUCUCAUCUAUGACACCGCAUCCGGGGCAGAUGUCUCGUGGAAGGAUGUGGACGUCAAUGCUGUGAUCGUGUUGAUGUUCGGGGUGGGCGAUUUGCUUGUUGAUACGCUGCGCAACCCGCACAAGAGGCGGUCAAACGCUGUUAAGAAGAUCAAGACAUCCUUGGCUGACGAACAAGUGACGCUGGCCCUGGCCAAUUUGUCUCCAGCCAAGGCACCGCAGACGGGCAGCGCGCUGGACUGA